AUGCCGUUAGGAGACUCCCAUGUCCAUCGGCGGCUUUUUUUCCUCUGGAAAAACGAGUUUCCAUGUAAGAGACGUGCUGCGGGCAGGAGUCAUACGAAACGGUUCCCAUUCUCAUUGCUUUCUCCUAAUCCCAAAUUUCCGAUCCUACUGUCUCGUUCACCUCUUUAUUCUACAAAAGCUGGAAUCAUGGAUUGCCAUGUAGUGGUGGGUUUAUCUAGUGAAGGAGAUGCGGAGGCAACUUCGGAUGUCUGCAGCAUAUGUCUUAUUAAGUGCUCUGAUCCGUUUUGCUUCACUUGCACCUCAAAAUGGUUAAAACGCACCGAAAAGUGUCCACUGUGUAUGACACCAGCUAGCUCAUUUUCGCAUAACUUAGAUCUACCACCAGGUUUUCGUCGAGUGAUGUCGGUUGCUGAUUUGCGUGUAGCAGCUGAAGUAGUUCGGCUAGUUCAGAGGAGAAAAUGUUUGCCUCCUCUGAAGAAACAGGAAUGUGUUACACUACGCAUACGACGUCUACAAAGCUGGUUUCGCGCUCUUCAUGAGCAAAUGAACACAAGCUAUCGAGUUGACCAUUCUUCAGAACUCGCCAGUGCUAGCAUGCGUCUUAUUAAUAAAAUUAGCAUGCUUGAAAUUCUCAAGCGAGAUUCUACAGCGAGGCUCCAACUUGUUAGCAACAUUGACUACUACUUGUUGUCAAUGUAA